AAACGCCUUCGCACAUAUGAAGCAAAUAAGGAAGCAUACAUUGCCACGCCCUCUUCAGUUUCGGAAAGUCCUUCACCGUUAGUUUAUUAUACAGCUCCAACAUCACCUGUUGCUGGAACUCCGCAAUCUUCAAAUUAUAAUUCAUCUCCUGAAGGAUCACCUGAAGGUUUUAGUGCAUCAUUUCAAAAGGCAAUCGAUGAUGAAAUAUUAUUCUGGACAAUGUCAACUGCAAAAACCUCUGAUUUUACUGAUUAUUCAUAUAAAUCAAAUCCUACCACAUUUUUAAGGACAAAUUUUCCUGGAGACACUUCAUAUGAUAAUAUUUAUAACACUCCAGUACGAACUAGGUCAAUCUAUGCUUCAUCAUUUGGUGACUCUCCUCAAAAUUCUUGUUCAAAUGACAAGGCCAGUUUAUAUAGGGAUCGGUCUAAAUAUUUAAGAUCUCCAUCAAUUAGAAAAUUUAGUAGAUCUAACGUUAAUAAAACUCCCGAUCAACGUACACCAUCCCUCGUUAUUAAAGAUAGGAAUAAUGUGUUAACUCCUGAAAGAAAAGUUCCUUUCAUUCCUCAGAUAAAAGAUGAUGUACUACCAUUUUACGAUGAAAUAAAUGAUGAUGAAUAUUCUCCAGUAUUAAAUUCAUCUAUAACAAAACAUUCAAUUCCUGACAAUGAUGCGUCGUUUUGGGCACCUACUACUAAGUCAAAUAAUGAAGAGUUACAUUCUAAUACAGAAAUAGAAUCUCCAGUCUUGAUAUUAAAAAGACCAAAUGUCUCCACACCGGUUUUAAUGAAAAGAAUGGAUAAAGAUUUAAAACCUUUACCAUCAAUGAUUAAUGAAUAUGCAACUAAAUAUGCACAUAUACUAGAUAAAGCUUAUUUCCAAAAGUACGCACAUGAAAACAGAGAAUUUAAUCAUCCGGAGUCUUGCGAACUAAAUGAAAUGGAUUAUUUUAGUUCAAAUUUCUAUGUGAUUUCUGUUAUUGGAACUGGGGAAUUCUCUAUUGCGUAUAAGGUCAAAGAUAAAAAAACUGGAGCUUUAUAUGUCAUUAAAAAGACAAAAAAUCCAUUCGUUUCUCUAAAUUCUAGAAUCCGUUCUUUGUGUGAAGUCGAAAUCAUGUGGCUGCUUGGAUCACAUCAAAACUGCGUUAAAUUAGUUGCCGCCUGGGAGCAGCAUGGCCACCUUCACCUCCAAACAGAAUUAUGUGAUAAUGGUACACUUUUAGACUUUAUUGCCAAUAAUGUUCUCAGUGAAUCUCAAAUUUGGAAGAUAUUUAUGGAUAUUGCACUUGGUCUUAAGCACAUUCAUAAUCACAAUAUUAUGCAUUUAGAUUUAAAAUCUGAGAAUAUUUUUAUGGCAUCAGAUGGAACUUUUAAAAUUGGUGACUUUGGCCUUGCUUCAACCUGGCCAGCAAAACCUAAUUUGGAGAGUGAGGGUGAUCGGAGAUAUCUUGCCGCUGAGAUUUUAAAUGGACAUUAUGACAAACCUGCAGACAUUUUUAGUCUUGGAAUUGUCCUCUUGGAAAUGGUUAGUAAAACGCCACUUCCACAUUUUGGUAGUGAUUGGAGGAGAUUGCGCCAAGGUGAUUUGGCCGGGUUCGUAUUUGAUGAUAUUUCAGAUUCUAUGAUCUCUUUGAUAAAGUCUAUGCUCCAACGAGAUCCAAAUAUGCGUCCCACAAUCGAAGAAAUUAUUGUCUAUAAUAAUGAUAAUACAAAUUUUCAGAUGUCAACUCAUCCAUGUGUCUAA